CUUUCUUGUUGCAAAGGUUUGUUAGGUCUGGACCGACGCUAGCGACCAUUAGCAACGUAACUGGAGUAAACAAGAUUAUUCUUCUAUAAACACGGAGAGAUGGGGAAAAAACACAAGAAACAUAAACCGGAGUGGAGAACAGUUGAUGACAAUGAGGACAAGACUCUCGAGAAGCCCCUGAAGCUCGUGCUCAAAGUUGGAGGAAGUGAGGUGACCGAGCUCUCGGGUUCGGGCCACGACUCCAGUUACUACGAUGACAGAUCAGACCACGAGCGAGAACGCCACAAAGACAAGAAGAAGAAGAAGAAGAAAAAGUCUGAAAAGGAUAAAGACAAAUAUGUGGAUGAUGAGGAGAGAAGACGGCGUAAGGAGGAAAAGAGGAAGAAGAGAGAGCGAGAGCAGAAUGAAUCAGAGGCAGCAGCUUCUACUGCUGCCAGCGCCGGUGUACCUGUUGAGCCUUUCACUUUGCCAAAAAGUAUAAUAAGUAUUGGAUUGGAGCCGGAAGAGAAGAAAAAGAAGAAAGAGAGAGAGAGAGAAAGAGAGAGAGAGUUUGAGCUGGAGCCGGAGCCUGAAGUGGAUGAGUUUCACCACAGUGUGAAGUUUGAUUUAGACCAACAAGGAGACAGGCCGGUCCGAGCAUGCAGGACACAACAAGAAAGUGAAUCCACUCCUCGUCAACAACUGCUGGAGCACUUUCUGAGGCAGUUGCAGAGGAAAGACCCCCAUGGAUUCUUCUCCUUUCCGGUAACAGAUGCGAUUGCCCCUGGUUACUCAAUGAUCAUCAAACAUCCCAUGGACUUCAGCACCAUGAAAGACAAGAUUAUGAACAAUGACUAUAACACGGUUACAGAAUUCAAGGCGGACUUUAAACUGAUGUGUGACAAUGCCAUGGUGUACAACCGACCAGAGACUGUCUAUUACAAGGCUGCCAAGAAACUGCUACAUACAGGAUUUAAGAUGAUGAGCAAGGAGCGGCUGUUGGCUUUGAAACGCAGCAUGUCUUUCAUGCAGGAAAUGGAUUUCACCCAGCAGGCAGCCAUUUUGGGAGAUGAAGACCUUGCAGCUGAUUUACCUCCUCCAGAGAUCAUCCCCAGCCCAGUGGAAUCAGCUAAAAAGUCCAAGAAACAGCCAGUUAAAGAGGAAGUCAUCAGUUACCUGUUUGAACCAGAAGGAAAUGCUUGCAGCUUGACUGACAGUACAGCAGAGGAGCACGUCCUGGCACUGGUUGAGCAUUCUGCAGAUGAAGCUCGAGAUCGGAUCAACAGAUACAUGCCCAACUCCAAGAUGGGCUACUUGCGUAAAGAGCAAGACAGUUCUCUUCUAUACACUGUUGUCAAUCAGCAGGAACCUGAUGCAGAAGAAGAUGAGACUCAUAAAGUGGACCUAAGUUCUCUGUCAAACAAGCUUCUACCUGGAUUAACCACCUUGGGUUUCAAAGAUGACAGGAGACACAAAGUGACGUUUCUGAGUAGUGCCUACAACGUUCAGACCCUUCAGAAGAACUCCAUCUUUCCAGACCUGCUACCCGAUGAGGUGGACACGCUCUAUUCAGCCUAUGGCGAUGACACGGGGGUACAAUGUGCUCUCAGCAUACAGGAGUUUGUCAAGGGCUGCGGAGAUGUCACGAAGUGUUGGGUCGACAAGCUUCUGGACAAGAUGACCGCGGACGAUCACACUAAAGCUGUCAGUCAAAUCCGACAGAAAAGAAACAUCACGCUCAAACCUGAUGAAAGCAAAUCCAACAUCUGUGACAUGCAGAUGGUAGAUGGCACCGGCCUGGGAGAGAGUGGCUCAGUCCUGGACUUCAUGUCAAUGAAGAACUAUCCUGAUAUGUCUCUGGAGUUAUCCAUGCUCAACUCAUUAGGUAAAACUGUGAAAAAAGAGCCGGGCAACGAGGAGGGCCAGCAGCAGUUUGACGAUGCCGACAAACUCCUACAGGAGUUCCAGGAGGCUCAAGUGGACAGAGUCGGCUCCAGGCCCUCGUCCAACCUGUCCUCCCUCUCUAACGCCUCAGAGAGGGAUCAGCACCACUUAGGUAUCUGCAAUAGGAGGAGCCCACCACACUUGGACCAGUCUGAAAUGGUUCAUGAUCCCUACGAGUUCCUGCAGUCUCCGGAGCCAGAGAGCGCAGCCAACAGCUGACCACACACACACACUGCCAUGUUGUUGUCUCGGUGUUAACAGCACCGGGUACUCGCUCUCGGACUGUUUAAGCACUGUGGAGACGGCAGGAGCCUCUGACCUGUUUUAAAGACUGAAUAUGAUUGCACCGAGUGUUUGUAGCGUAAUUGUAUGGUUUUGUAUGAGUGCAACAAAUAAAUGCUUGCACCUGUA